ACUGCGGCCCCCCAAGUUCCCUCCGCCGCUCUUGAACGUUUUUCUCUUUUCACCCAUCUUCCCGCAAACUCUUGACCCCAGGACUUCCUCUCCUGGAAUUUCAGUCCCGUCUUCUUCUCUUCCUUGUUUUGCUCUUGGAACCUUGUCUCCCUGUGUGCUCCGAGGCUUAUUUCCAUUGUUGCAUUUAUAACUGCUACAAAAAUGCCACCACUUCAUCAACACGAAGAAGAGAAGUUCUUCUUAAAUGCCAAAGGCCAGAAGGAAACUUUACCCAGCAUACGGGACUCACCUACCAAGCAACUUUCUGUGGUCGUGCCUUCAUACAAUGAAGAGCAUCGGUUGCCUGUGAUGAUGGAUGAAGCUCUGGGCUAUCUAGAGAAGAGACAGAAACAUGAUCCUACAUUCACUUAUGAGGUGAUAGUAGUUGAUGAUGGCAGCAAAGACCAGACUUCAAAGGUAGCUUUUAAAUAUUGCCAGAGAUACGGAAGUGACAAAGUACGAGUGAUAACGCUGGUGAAGAAUCGUGGGAAAGGUGGAGCUAUUAGGAUGGGUAUAUUCUGCUCUCGAGGAGAAAAGAUCCUUAUGGCAGACGCUGAUGGAGCCACAAAAUUUCCAGAUAUUGAGAAAUUAGAAAAAGGACUAAGUGAUCUACAGCCUUGGCCUGAUCAAAUGGCUAUUGCAUGUGGAUCUCGAGCUCAUCUGGAAAAGGAAUCAAUUGCUCAGCGUUCUUACUUCCGUACUCUUCUCAUGUAUGGGUUCCACUUUCUGGUGUGGUUCCUUUGUGUCAAAGGAAUCAGGGACACCCAGUGUGGGUUCAAAUUAUUUACUCGAGAAGCAGCUUCACGGACAUUUUCAUCUCUACACAUUGAACGAUGGGCAUUUGAUGUAGAACUGCUCUACAUAGCACAGUUCUUCAAAAUUCCAAUAGCAGAAAUUGCUGUCAACUGGACCGAAAUUGAAGGUUCUAAAUUAGUUCCAUUUUGGAGCUGGCUACAAAUGGGCAAAGACCUACUUUUUAUACGACUUCGGUAUCUGACUGGUGCCUGGAGGCUUGAGCACACUCAAAAAAUGAAUUAGGUUGUUGCUGUGAUUGUAUUCUUAUGCAUCAUAUCACAUUAUUUCAUUUGGAAAUUUAAAUUUUUAAAUAAAGCUAAAAUAAACCUGUUGUCACUGU